AUGCUGCCAUCUCGAGCUGCACUCGGUCGGGUACCGGGGGCCGCCCUUUCAUUACGGCCCCGAAGCCAUCAUGGCCUGCGCCAACCGUUUCGUCCCUUCACGCACAACUCCCGUCUUUCUCUCGUCUCCACGCCGUACAGUCGUCCUCAGCUACCUUUUCUCUCCCCCGUGACGGGCACACGCCCUCAGCCGCCCAUUUCGAUUCACCUCCGACAGCAUUUUGCCCGGUUGAUCUCGACCGAGAGCCGGAACUACUACCGCCGACGGAUUUCCCGUGGUCUUCGAAUCGGUCUGUCGUUCUACGCGAUCCUGGUCAUGUUCCAAAUCAUGAAGCUCGGCGUGCACCAGGAACAACUCGAGCAUCAAUGGCCCACACCGCCAGAGUGGUCGUGGAAAAGCCGCUGGUGUCUCCGGUCGGCUGAGGCGCAGCAGCAUCCCGAGCAGAUCGGCCAGCUGUUGGCCAGUUGGCCGAUGGUUGCGGCAUACGUGCGCGAGCUGAUCGAGCGGUUGGAGGAUCCCGAGAUCGAAGGACAAGGAAUUGUCGAGCAGAGCGAUGGCGGGUUUCUGGUUGAGGGAGUGGGGAAGACCGGAUUCGACAUCACCGCCAAGAGUGAGCCGUGGAGGAGAGGGUAUCACCAGGCCCUGAUGGGCGCUGCUAGGGCCGCGGAGAAUCUCGACGGCUGGAUGACGGAUCGCAAGCGACGCAUCUCCGCGCCGGCGGAGUACGUCGUUGGGCCAUCGAACCCUCGUCCGAAGCCCAUGCCGUUGGGUCAGAAGACCACGCUGCACGAGGAGGAUUGUGAACCGGCCACCGCCGGCCCGGAGACCUUUUACAUGAAGAUUCUGACGACGCGGGGCUUCGACACGAGGCAAAAGCUCGACGCCGCGCUCGCCUACGCCGAGUGGCUCAAUUACAAGGGUCUCCAGGAUACCGCCAGCGACAUGUACAGCUGGGCCAUGGACAUCGCGACCUCCGCGUCCCCCGUCGAGGCCUCGAAGGUCGUGGACCUGAAGACGGGCGUGCUCAAGAAUGACGGCAAGCACCUGCCCUCUGAAAACAUCCUGCGCGUCUCCACGGCCCUCGCGGUCCAUCACGCCCGCCAGAGGAACCUCCCCGUCGCCCUCUCCCUCUUCACCUCCGUCCUCCGCGCGCGUCGUGCCCUCCCCGAGCCCGAACCGGGCACCGUCUUCCCCACCACCCCCUCCAUACCUAAAUCCGCGGACCCCUUCCGCGCCCUGUUCAACGCCCUCAAAACCGUCCUCAUCCCCGUCGAAUACCCCGCGGCUCUUCCCUCCGGCGACGAACCCCCCGUCCGAGCCCCCACCGCCCCCUGCGACGAAGCCGGCCUGAUGACCUACAUCGGCGAGAUCCUCUUCGCCUCCUCCUCACCGGAAACCGGCCUCGCCUGGACCCGCGACGCCGUCGACAUGGCCGAAUCCACGAUCUACGACCUCGGCGGUCCGCAAUCCCUCGACGCCCAGCGCUGCACCGAGUGCCUGCGCGUCGGCCUCGACAACUGGAAAACAAUGGUGUCGCAUCUCCUAGCGCAGGCGAAGAAGGACGAAACUGACAGUCUCCAGAACGCCGAGAAGGCGUGGUUCGGCGGCCAGAAACGCGCGCAGGCUAAGACUCUAGAACGGAAGCGCUGGGACGCGGAGAAGCUGAUCCUCGAUGAUCGGAUUAAUCGACUCUGGCCGGCCCUAGACGGGGAGUCUGGUUUGGGCUCUAUGGCGCCGAAUGCUUCGUUGUUUGCUUGA